AUGGCCAAUGAGAAAAUGUUUUAUUUGUCGAAGCCAGAGGAGGUAGUCGGUGUUGGUGAGCUCGAUGAAAUGGGAGAAGUAGUGACCAGGAAGAGAGAGAAUGAGGAAAAUGGAGAGGCCUUGAAGGUUCGGCUGGAGAGAGAGAGAGAGAGGGAAGAAGCUAUCCCUUGGAAGAGAAAUAGACUGUUUAGGCUGAUACCAUGUAAGAGUUUGAAUUCAAGUUAUAUUCCUUCGUGUAACUAUUACAAUAUCUAUAAUUGCACAAUAAAGAUAUAA